GACUCCAUGUUCUCCCUGGCCCUGAAAUGCCUUAUAAGCCUCUCCACCGUCAUCCUGCUGGGCCUCAUCAUCGCCUACCACACCCGGGAGGUGCAGCUCUUUGUGAUCGACAACGGAGCUGACGACUGGCGGAUAGCGAUGACAUAUGAGCGCAUCCUCUACAUCAGCCUGGAGAUGCUGGUCUGUGCCAUCCACCCCAUCCCCGGGGAGUACAAAUUUUUCUGGACAGCUCGCCUGGCCUUCUCCUACACCCCAUCCCGGGCAGAGGCUGAUGUGGACAUCAUCCUGUCCAUCCCCAUGUUCCUGCGCCUCUACCUGAUCGCCCGGGUGAUGCUGCUGCACAGCAAGCUCUUCACCGAUGCCUCCUCGCGCAGCAUCGGGGCGCUCAACAAGAUCAACUUCAACACCCGCUUUGUCAUGAAGACUCUCAUGACCAUCUGCCCUGGGACAGUGCUGCUGGUCUUCAGCAUUUCCCUCUGGAUCAUCGCUGCGUGGACAGUCCGUGUGUGUGAGAGGUACCACGACCAGCAGGAUGUAACCAGCAACUUCCUGGGUGCUAUGUGGCUCAUCUCCAUCACCUUCCUCUCCAUAGGCUACGGGGACAUGGUCCCACACACCUACUGUGGCAAGGGAGUCUGCCUGCUCACUGGCAUCAUGGGUGCUGGAUGCACAGCACUGGUGGUGGCUGUGGUGGCCAGGAAGCUGGAGCUCACCAAAGCUGAGAAGCACGUCCACAACUUCAUGAUGGACACACAGCUGACCAAGAGGAUCAAGAACGCUGCAGCCAACGUCCUGAGGGAAACAUGGCUGAUCUACAAACACACCAAGCUGCUGAAGAAGAUCGACCAUGCUAAAGUCAGGAAGCACCAGAGGAAGUUCCUACAAGCCAUCCACCAGUUACGGAGUGUGAAGAUGGAGCAGAGGAAGCUGAGUGACCAAGCCAACACCCUUGUCGACCUCUCAAAGAUGCAGAACGUGAUGUACGACCUCAUCACAGAGCUAAACGACCGCAGCGAGGACCUGGAGAAGCAGAUCAGCGGCCUGGAAUCCAAGCUGGAGCAGCUCAGUGCCAGCUUCAACUCCCUGCCCCUGCUGAUGGCUGACAUGCUGCGGCAGCAGCAGCAGCGCCUGCUCAGCGCCGUGCUGGAGGCCAGAGGGGUUGCUGUGCCCGUGGGCACCCCCCAGACACCCCUCUCUGAGAGCCCCAUUGGGGUCAGCUCCACCUCCUUCCCCACCCCUUACACGAGCUCGAGCAGCUGCUAAAACACAGCCCCUGAGCCCUGCUGUGGACAGGGGAAGCGUUUCCACACGGACCGUGAGGUCUCUGUGAACUUUCCUCUGGCCCUUGAGCCGCUGCAGGAGCCUUCAGCUGGAGCCAGUAGUGGGACCAGCAGCGUCCGAGCGCCGCUCGGAGCUUUGCCAACGCCUUGGUUUGGGGAAUUGCAUCCCUCUUCAGGUGCCUCUACACGUGGUGAAGGAAGGGGACGGAAGGUGAUGCCUUGGGCCAGCCUGUGCCGCGGCGUCCGGUGGCAGACGGGAAAAACCCACGCUCAAUCUCAGGUCUUCACAUUUGAAAACAAAACAAAACAAAACAAACAAAACAAACAAAACAAACAAAACA